AUGGCGGCCGUCCGGCGGCCUGUGCUGCUCGGGCUCCGAGACGCGGCGGUGCGCGGCAACCCCACGGGGCCAGGCGCCUGGACCGCCAGCAAGCUGGGCGGCCUUCCGGACGCCCUGCCCGCCGUGGCGGCGCCGAGGCCGGCGUGUGCGCGCUGCGCGGAGCCGCUCGCCCUGGUCGUGCAGGUGUACUGCCCGCUGGAGGGGUCUCCGUUUCACCGGGUGCUGCACGUGUUCGCUUGCGCCCGCCCCGGCUGCGGCGACGGCGGGGCGCGCAGCUGGAAGGUGUUCCGCUCCCAGUGCCCGCAGGUGCCGGAGGAGGCGGCGCAGGACCCCCAGAAGCAGGAAGAUGGCCUCGCAGCUGAGGACUGGUGCGAAGGUGCAGACGACUGGGGCAGUGACAGUGAGGAGGCGCCUGCGCCGCAGAUGCCCUGGGAUUUUGGAAAGGAACCUGCCAGCGCCAAAGGUGCAGACUGGACUGCGCGGCUCCAGCACCUGUGCCUGCAGGACGCCGCCCAUCCCACACCCGCAAGGGGAGGGGCAGGGGUGGCCUCGCCCUCUGCGGCGCCGCAGUUCCUGCCCCACUACAUCUGUGUGGUGGAGGAGGACGACUACAGGGACGACUGCUGCGCCGGCCUGGACCACGCCCGCAGCCUCCUGAGGCACUACGUGCAGAGAGAAGGAGUGGACCUGGAGCAGCUGCUCGCCCACGGUCUUUCUACUGAUGGUGAUGAAAAAUAUGAAAAGACUGUUAUGAAAAGUGGAGACCAGACGUUUUACAAAUUCAUGAAGAGAAUUGCUGUUUGUCAGGAGCAGAUUUUGAGGUAUUCCUGGAGUGGAGAGCCACUCUUCCUGACCUGCCCUGCGUCACAAGUCGCUGAGCUCCCAGCCUGCGGCCACUGUGGAGCCCAGAGGACAUUUGAGUUUCAGCUCAUGCCAGCGCUGGUCAGCAUGCUCAAGGGUGCUAAUUCAGGUGUUUCAGUGGAAUUUGGAACAAUUCUAGUUUAUACUUGUGAGAAGAGUUGCUGGCCUCAAAAUCAUCAGACGCCCAUGGAAGAAUUUUGUAUUAUACAAGAAGACCCAGAUGAAUCAUUAUUUAAGUAGAAUUUUUUUAUUUAUAUAAAUUAAAACAAAUUUUAAUGUCCAAA